AUGACGGAGUUCAUGCCCUUAGGUGGUGGUCCGGCGAAGGUGAGGGCCUCAGGUGGUGUUCUGACGAAGGCGAGGACCUCAAGCUAUAGUCCGGUGAGGGUGAGGGCCUCAGGUUGUGGUCCGGCGAAGGAGAUGGCUUCAAAUGGAGUCUUACUUGUCAGGAAUUCGACGAGUGAGAAGUUAAGUCAGGCUGGGAUAAAUUAUGAGAAAACAACGGAUGCGUCUGCUUCAGACCAUGGAAGUAAUCAUAGAUUGAUUGUUAGGCUUCCUAAUCCUGGUCGCAGCCCUGCAAGAAGCACCAGCGGAGGCUCCUUGGAAGACCCUUCAGCUGGUAGCAGAGCAUCAUCUCCUGGUGUCCCAGAUAAACCUGAGCGUGGAGAUCGGAAGGUGAAUGGAAGGGAUGAUGUUGUUAGAACUUAUACUCCUGCAGAUUUCAAUGGAGAAUCAUGGCAAAGCAAUGAUGUUAAGGAGGGAUUAGUCGCAUGUGAUGAGGGUGAUAGAUCACCUGCUAUUAUACCUAAUGAAGAAGUAAGAACGGCUGAUGAAACUCUGAGGGCUAUAGAAAUUUCUAGAACUGCCUGUUCAUCAUCAGGUAAUGAUAAGGGUGUCAAUGUUAGUGAACCCAAGAUGAGGAAUUCUUUUAGCUCCAUGAAUGCGUUGAUUGAAAGUUGUGCUAAAUAUUCUGAGGCUACUACACCUUUAUCAGGAGGAGAUGAUAUAGGCAUGAAUUUACUUGCGAGUGUGGCUGCAGGAGAAAUUUCCAAAUCUGAUAUAGUUUCACCCCCUCCAUCUCCAGGAGGUUCUCCUGCAACUGAGGGCCCUUGCAGUGGCAUAAAUGAGGCUAAGUCUAGGUUUUCUGCUGGCGAUUCUGGGUUUCGAAAUCUUGGCCCUUACGAUGAAAAUACUGAUUUCAACUCUGAGAAGCAUGGAAAGAAUAAUAUUCCCUUGUUUCCUAAGGAUGAGAUACAAGAGGUGGGUGUGAACUUCCCAUGUGAUAACAUUGGUGCCACCCCUGUGUUAGAAGACAGAACUCAACAAAAUGGGCUUCUUCCUGAUAUAAAAGAAAAGCGGGAGGAGGAUGAACAUCAGAACCAGGAUGAUCGGAGGAUUGGUGGGCAGGUUGCAGAUGUUCUUACAGAUUGCAAUUCUGAGGUAAGGAGCCCAACAGAUCAAAUCAAAACCAGCUGCUCUGUUCAUGAAACGAUUGUAGAAGGAAGCAAGUUCACAUCUGAUUCUAUUCGCAAAUCUUUGCCUCACGGGAUUGACUCUGAGGGUUCUGCAUCUUGUAAAAAUAUUGAUAAAUUAGUGAUUGGGGAUUCAUCAACAGCUCAUCCUUUUGAGGAGAGUGUUCAGGUUACUGCCACAUUAACCGGACAAAAACCACUUUCUGUUAAUGAAACCGAAACAGUGGUGGAAAGAAAGGGGGUUGAUGGACCUGCUUCCUCUCUUAUUGAUAAGCUUCCAUGCCCAGAAAAUGCUGAUUCAACAAAAAGUAAGAUGAUUGAUAGCUCAGAUGGUCGAUGCCAAGACCAGACUGAAAGGAAUGGAUCAACCAUCCCUGCCACAAGCAACAAAGCAUAUCUUGCAUCAGUUUCCAGCACUCAUGGCAAGCCCAAUGGUGCAGAGACCGUAGGUUCGGGUGAUCGUGAUCAAAUGCCCACUGUACAUAGGGAAGCUGAGGCAUCUGCUAAAAUAUCUGCCGCUGAUGGAGAAAGAAAGGAGGAAGUUUCAGCUGACAUUUUGUCAUUUGCUACCACUGCCGAGCAAGAUGCCGGGGCUAAGCUUGACUUUGACUUAAAUGAAGGUAUACUUGGAGAUGAUGUGAAUCAGGUUGAGCCAAUUUCAGCAGCUGCACCUGUUUACUCGCCUGCAAUAAGAAUCUCAAGUUUCUCAUCUCUUUCAUCUUCUUCGCCCAUUCUAAACGGAUCGCCAGCUCCCAUAACUGUUGCUGCUCCAGCGAAAGGAUCUUUUAUGCCUCCUGAAAAUUUGUUGAAGAGUAAGGGUGAACUGGGAUGGAAAGGCUCUGCUGCUACUAGUGCAUUUCGCCCUGCAGAGCCUAGAAAGGUUUUGGAGAUGCCGCUCAAUACUUCUGAUGUGCAGUCAUCGGACUCUACCACGACAAAGCAGGGACGUCCUCCAUUGGAAAUUGAUCUCAACGUUCCUGAUGACAGAUCUUUGGAAGAUGUAGCUUCUCAGAGCUCUGCUCAGACAACAGGUUCUGAGUCAGGUGUGAUUAGUAACCGUGAUUUACCUGCAAAAGCUGGUGGAGGACUUGAUCUUGAUUUGAACAGAGUUGAUGAAGGUGCAGAAAAUGGUCAGUUCUUGGCCAGCACCAACCAUCGAUUGGAAGUACCACUGUUGCCCACAAAGCCAGCGGCAAAUGGAUUCCCUAAUGGUGAGGUCUAUAUGUUAAGGGACUUUGAUCUUAACAAUGGACCUGGCAUUGAUGAUGUCGUUACAGAGCCACUUCCAAGAAGCCAAAAUAUGAAGAACAGUAAUAAUAUACCAUUUGUUCCUCCUAUUGUUGGUCUCAGAAUGAAUAAUGCUGAACUGGGAACUGGCUGGUUUCCAGCUGGUAACUCCUACCCGGCGGUUACUAUUCCAUCAUUCUUGUCUGAUAGAGAGCAAACUUACCCAAUGGUUGCAGCUGCAGGGGCCCAGAGGAUUUUGGGGACCGUAACCAAUGCCGGUUCGUUCGGAAGUGAUAUAUAUCGAGGACCAGUACUUCCAUCUUCGCCAGCCAUGGCUUUUUCGCCAGCUGCAACUGCAUUUUCUUAUGCUGGUUUUCCCUUUGGCUCCAGUUUUCCUUUGGUAUCUACAUCUUUCUCUGCUGGAUCAACAAACUAUGUUGAUUCUUCAUCUGGGGGACCAUACUUCCCUCCCAUCCCUUCUCCGCUUGUUGGAGCUGCAGGUGCUGUUUCAUCCCCUUAUGCCAGACCCUACAUGGUAAGUCUACCAGAAGGCAGUGCAGGUGGUGGAUCUGAUGGUAGUAGGAAAUGGGGGCGGCAAUGUCUAGAUCUCAAUGCAGGUCCGGGAACUGCAGAUGAAGUAAAAGACGACAGAGUGUCCUCAACAAGACAGCUUCAUGCUGCCAGCUCGCAGAGCUUCAUGGACGAGCAAGCAAGGCUAUAUCAAGUUGCAGGUGCUGUGUUAAAAAGGAAGGAACCAGAUGGCGGUUGGGAACCGGAAAGAUUCACUUUCAAGCAGCAGCCUUCAUGGCAGUAAUACCAGCGAUGAUAUUCGUCGGUGAUGGACGUGUGUGGUGAGCUACCAGCUAGAUUUUCUGUUCUCUCUCUCUUUUUGUUUUUUUUGGUUCUUCCCAUCACUCAAAAUAUGAUAGUGUUAAUGAUAUGUAUUUUAAUUCUAAUGCAUCUGGAUAAGUAAUACCUUGAAUUGCAGGCUCGGGAGUUUGCGGAUUGAAUCAAAAUUUUCUUUCUCACUAA